GUUUGACCGCAACUGACUUGCCAAUCAUUGGAGAUAUUUCAACGUGGCCGAAUUGGUAGUUUAUAGAUAAGACAGUUCUGUUUGCCUUAUUCCACGUAGAAUAACCAGGAGAAAGGAGAGAUAGAUGUAUUGAUAUUUCGGCUACAUGCUUCAUCGGAACAAAAUCGGCAGUAGAUUCAAAAUUGCCUGCCGAUCCCACCCGUUUUUUGUUUUUGUUUUGAAACCGCGAGCCACAGUUUUAAUAAGCCGCCAGCAUCCAGGCAGUAACAAGGAGCAAUGGCCAGAUAUCAUUACGAUGCAGUGUAAAUCUAACUAAUGCUUAAAAUACGCGAAAAAAUGUGUGCAUGCAAACAAAUUCAAAUAAACGGGCGUCACGCACCAUUCAUACAUGCGAGCGGUUUCAACUGAACAGGCGUCACAUAUCACUUGUACAUGCAAACGAUUUUAAUGCAAUAUGCAUCGCUAAUCACGCGUCAGGCAUCUUUCAUACACACCCAUCACUUAUUACUGCGCACAUACUCACGUCUUCAUCACUCACUUACAUAUGCACAUCAUAUUCGCAUGAUCGGCUGAGAUGAACCCUGCGCUUUAAUGACCGAUAACCGACUUUUUAUAAAAUGGAUUCACUUAUUUUCCUCUUGAUGCAACUUGAUGCGCGAUGUCCGUUUUAUCGAAAUCGUUUGCAUGUGCACGUGAUGCAUGAUGCGUGAUGCGCGUUAACUUUAAAUUGCCUGCGUGUAUGGAUGAUGCGUGAUGCCUGUUUACCUGAAUUCAUUUGCAUGUACACGUAUUUUUCUCGUAUCAAAUCUUCUUAAAUCUCAUAGUCGCGUAUCAAAUCGUCCCAAGUCUCAAAUUUUCGCGUAUCAGACCUUCGAAGCAAGUCUUGUUGGCGAGAUAUACAUUUUAUCAUAGUAGGUUGGAAGGCGUUUGCUCUUUGUUUAAUCCCCUGAAUGUUGGUGACUUAUAAAAACUGCGGCUCGCUGAUUAAAAAAAAACAACUGCAAAAUGUAGUAUGAUCGGCAGACAUUUUUAAAUGUCCUGCUGGUAUUUGUUUAGAUAAAGGCAUAUAACUGAAAUUGCAAUGUAUGUGUCCCUUCUUUCUCGUGCUUAUUCUACAAGGAAUAAGGUUAACGCUAUUGUCUUAUCUAUAUCCAUAAUAUUCCUCGCAAAUGCACUUAACAACUUACGGAAUUCGUAGUUUCGAAUAGGGCGGCGCCAUGACGUCUGUGCCCGGCCAGUUCAUCGUGCAGCGCGUGGUGCGGCUGGCGGUCGACGUGUUCCGAUCGCCGGGAGGCUCUGAAAAGGUGUUCCGCGAAGGCCUGGCCAAGCUGAACCAGCUGGUUAGCCAGCUGACGGCACAGGACGUGGGCUUCGACCCGCGCUGGGUGCGCGACACGCGACCUUACCGCCAGGACCUGGGCGUGGCGCCCAUGACCUACGUCCGCCUCUUCGAGAACGACUCUGUCAGCAUUGGGAUUUUCAUCCUUAAGAACGGCUUCACGCUGCCCACGCACGACCACCCGCACAUGCACGGUGUGCUGAAGGUGCUGCACGGUCACCUGCUGAUGCAGUCGUUCACGCGCGUGCCGGCGGCGCCUGGCAUUCUGAACGGAGUGCGGAGUAGCGCCCAGGAGGGCGCGAUGGACUGGGAUAUGCGCCAGACUCCGCUGGGGCCCAUCUACCACACUGUGAAGGAGACGCCACGCCGCCUGGGCGCGACAGACCCGCCGUGCCUGCUGACACCCAAUCAGUCCAACAUCCACCAGAUCCGGGCCGUCGACGGACCCGUGGCGUUCCUCGACAUACUGGCGCCGCCCUACGACGACGACGAGCACAUCUACCACAACUUCCGCGAGCUGGAGCCGGAGAAGCUGCGCCAGCUGACGGGUGGCGAGGUGGCCUCCGACGGCUGGCUCAUCCGCGUGCGCAAUAACUCGUUCUUCUCGGACUCGGCGCCGUACCGCGGCCCGCCACUCGACGAUAUUCGCUGAGGCCGCCAAUCGACUGGCCGGCCCGGCCGGCCCGCUCCCGGCCGGCUCUCCCGUUCAGGCCCGUGAAGCCGGCGGCCCGCCAGUCCGCCCCGCGUCGCGACCACUGAAGCGCCGCGGGUGGGACAGAACGGCGACGGCGGCCCGAGCGGACGUGACCGGGUGUGCGCUGCCGCCUGACUUACUCCGACCGCCGUCCGGUCGCUCCUGGUGCGGUGGCGGGGGGCGCGGUGGCAGUGCGCGUGGAGAGCCGACUCGCCUCGAAGGCGGUCGUGGCGGAGUGCAGCGCUGCAUAAGGUGGCGGGGGAAACUGGAGCGCCGCGCUGCGCUCCGCCGGCUCCUGGUCACGUGUCGCUCGGGCUGCCCAGCCGGCCUGCGGUCUCCGCCGGCCCGGCGGUCCCGGCGCCGGCGGCUGGUGCGCCGCUGCCGCUGCCGCUGUCGAGCGGCGCCGUGCGCGUCAGGUGCCAUGCUGACGGAGGCAGAGGGAGCUGGCGGCGGUGCGUGCGGCGCGACGCUACCGGCUCGGCCCUGGGCAAUAUUACUCGCGGUAGCCGACGCGUCUCCGGACUGGUGGGCGGUCAAGGGUGGCAUGUGUGAUUCGUAGGCGCAGGUCAUGACACAGCCUUUCAAGUCCCUUACUCAGCGAAGUGUGCCGGCGUUGGGAAGUUGUCUUGCUUAACUUUCGGGAGGUGUACGAAAGUUUUUACUGUAUUCAGAAGCUGAUCAUUUUAGGAUCAUAAGGCCUUGUGAGUCGUCUGGAUGGGUGAGGGUACGUGUGGACCUCCUCGAGGUGGCUGAGGGACUAUUUGAUCGUCUCGGUAAAUUGGGCUGUGGAAGGAACCAUGUGGGUAAACUAGGACACCGACUGGAUGUGACCGUACUGACGUUAAGCAGUGCUAGUGAAGCGUUUGUUCUCCGUGUGUGAAGGUGUGCAAGUCCUUUGAGAGGAUGGGCCGACACCGGGGAGAAGGGCCGGCCUCGAGCGCCUCGCGCACAACACGCCCUGGUCAGCCGCCACCUCGUGCUGGCCAGCGGGGUCGGCCGGCACUCCCGCAGCCGUGCGAAGCUCACCACUGAAGCUACCGAGGCUCAGCCUGCGGCGCGAGCCUGGCUCAUCGCGAAGCGGUGGCGUCUCGGCCGGGUGCCUGCCUGCCGCGGAGGGGCGCGCCAGGCGCACCUCUUUGAGGACUCUUUCUUAGAGUCAGUGUGCUGUAAAUAAAACUAGGGGCGGCGGCGCCGUCUUUAACGCCUGUCAGCUAACGUCGUGUGUCCGCCAAGGCGCUGGCCGGGGCAGUCCGGCGCAGCGGUGCAGCAGUGUGGGAGGGGGACCAGUGCCCCCUCCAGUAUCUGGAGCAUGAACAUCAGCCCUAUGGCGUUACAUGGUUAAAACGUGGAUCGAACCCCGUUCCUGCUUGUUGGAGGUGGCCCGGCUGCUGGCCGGGCGCCUCGCCCGGGACUGACCGGGUUGGGUGGCCUCGGUCGCCGUCAGUGAGCGGCACGGUGCGAACAGCCCCGCAUGUCUCUAGUCAGCCCGGUGCCGGCUCGGCGCGUUGUUGACCUCUGUGUGUUACGCCUAGGGCGCGGUGUCGGCCCUGCGUGUGCGGGGGGCGGCAGGCGGCGGCGGCGGCCGGCCUCUGCCGGGGUCAGACACCCACCUGGGCUUGGCCGCUUUCGUAUGAAAUACAGUUAUGCAUGAACACU